UUUUCUUCGAAAGAAAUUUCACGCCUUUUCACCUGUUUGGGUACUCGUUACAAGCUUAUGCUCUUUUUAGGGUUUUUUAUGAUUCUCGUGUAAACUGGGGGUUUUUUCAGGCUAAUAGCUUUCAAUUAGGGUUUCUUUGGUUUCACUCCAAUUGGGAAUUUCAGGUCUCUUCCACUCUUUAUUUUUCAGUGGUUCAGUUUUAUUUCUUGUGGUUUGGGGUUAGGGCUUCUACUGCUUUGUCUGCGAUAAGGUUUUUUUCCCCUUGCGAAAAAUAAUGUAAUUCACGUUAUGUUGUAAUUGGGCUUUUUUUAUUUGUUAUUUGUUUCAGUAGCUAGGGAUUUGGGGACUUUUUUUAUUUGUUAUUUGUUUCAGUAGCUAGGGAUUUGGGGACUAGGGUUUUAGCCGAGCAUGGAAUGUGAUAAAGGCAAACUAUUCGUUGGAGGCAUAUCUCGGGAGACAACUGAAGCUAUUCUCAAUGACCAUUUCGGAAAAUACGGCACUAUAUUGAGCUCAGUUGUAGCUAAAGACAGGAACACCAAAAGCCCUCGUGGUUUUGCCUUUGUUUUGUUCUCUGAAUCUUCCUCAGCUGAUAAAGCUCUUCAAGACACCCAUGUUAUUCUCGGGAGAACGGUAGAAGUGAAAAAAGCUAUACCCCGAAGCGAACAACACCAGAGCCAACAACAGCAGGAGCAACUACACCACUAUCCAAAUCAACAACAGAAUAGUGGGUCCAGUACGAAUGGUAGUGAUGCUGCUGACAGUAACAAUAGCUUUAGGACUAAGAAAAUUUUCGUAGGGGGGCUAUCUGCUACUUUGACUGAGGAAGAGUUUAAGAAUUACUUUGAAAGAUUUGGUAGAAUAACAGACGUUGUUGUGAUGCAUGACAGCAUGACUAACCGGCCUAGGGGAUUUGGGUUUGUUACUUUUGACUCGGAGGAGUCGGUGGAGAAUGUUAUGCAGAAGAAUUUCCACGAGGUGAAUAAUAGGCUUGUAGAAGUCAAGCGUGCAGUGCCAAAAGAGGGAAGUAAUGGUCGUUACGGUAAUCAAAACUUGAAGCCCGGUGCUGCAUGGGGAUCUCCUUAUAAUGGUUUUCAGGCUGUUGAGUUCACUUCAAAUGGUUCUGGAUACGGAAUAUUUCCUGGCUAUGCUCCUCUUCAUGCGCAUAAUCCGGUUGGGGAUUAUUUAUAUGGAACAGGUGUUUAUGGCUCUGGGUACCCUAUGGUAGGGUAUGGUAGGAUAGGUUAUGGUGUCACUACAGCUACUCCUAGAGGCCCUUUAUAUGCCACCCCUGUAAUGGUUGGACCUAGAGUUUACCCGCUGCCUUAUGGCAAUCCAUCCAUCUACCCUGCUUAUAUGAACGCCGGGGUUGGUCUCAUGGGUACAGCUGCAGGUGGGUUCAAUGGGAUCAUUGGAAAUGUAAGUGAUGGGAAAUGGAAUCAGGUUCCGGGUGGAAAUGGUGAUAUGCCUGCAAACGAUAUUCAACCUCAGAUUGAAGCAGUAAACAAUGGUACUGAUAGUUCUGGUCUAAAAGAGCAUAGUGGUGGUGCUUCUGCUGAACAGGAUCAGAAAAUGGUUGAUGGGAAACUUAAGCCUUCACAUGUAGAUGUUUCUAGAUGAUUAAUUGACUCUGUUUAGGCUUCAAAGGGUUAGUAAAUUCUUUAACUGACCAGCUUAGGGAAAUUUAACCUUCAAUGUUCAGUGCCCCUUGUAGGCACAAUCUGUGUCAUAAACAUGCUGCAUGUAUCUUAUUUAGUGUUAUCAUUUGUGGGUACAGAAUUCAGCAUUAUGUAACAUAAUUGCAUCUGGUUUCCACUUCCAUUGUCCAUUUCACGUCUCUGUCUGGUAAUGUUAAUAAUGAAACAAUGGCUUUUAUAUGAUUCUGGGGUUUCUAUUGGUAUUGUU